AUGUCAAAAAGAGCUUCUUUAGGCCAAGUGCAUAAAUAUUCUUUACCAGUUCAUCCAAUUGAGGUUCCUAAUAUUGUUCCACAUAAUCCAAUAUCAUGGGUUCAAUUCCUGAUUGCUUAUUGGAAAGGUGUUACUGUUGUUCAAACUACCACUGCUGAUUUUGUCAAUGGCCAAUUUCUUGUAUCCAAUGAUGAAGAUAUCAAAACUCUUUGGAAAAAUGGAUUUUUCGGGAAAGGUAUUUUCAGUAGAAGUGAAGCUACAUGGUAUGAUAGAACACAAAAAAGAUUAGGUCUUGGUGAAUUUAAGAAUUUAACCAUUGAAGAAAUUACUGCAAUUAGAAGAGAUGAACGUAAAAAAUUUAAGAAAGAACGUGCUAAACUUGAAGCAAAACAAGCCGAACUCAAGAAAGCUGGUAUUGUUGAUCCUUUCAUUGAAGAAAGAUUAGAAUUGAAAAAUCUUAGAGAUAAAGAUAUUGAUGUUAAAGUUGAAAGAACUAUUGAUUUCCGUGAUGAUGAUCAACAAUUGUUAGUUGAUGGUAAAUUACAAAAUCUUGAAACUUUAGAAUUGUUUGCUGCUGAAGCAUUUUUUCUCAAAUUUGCUCUCAAUGCAAUUAAUAUAAGGCAUAAUGAUCAACCAAUUUCAACAGUUGAGCUGUUUAAUAAGCUUUCAUCUUCUAAAGUGGAUGACUUAUUCAUCAUGAAUUAUGUUGUUUAUCAUCAUUAUCGUUCAUUGGGUUGGUGUGUUAGAUCUGGUAUUAAAUUUGGUACUGAGUACUUACUUUACAAAAGAGGUCCACCAUUCCAUCAUGCCGAACACGCUGUGAUCAUUUUACCAAAUUAUAAAGAUGAACAACAGAAUGAACAAGUUGCUAAAGAUUUUGUUUGGCUUUCAAGUAUAAGCAGAGUCAUUGGUGGUGUUCGUAAAAAUCUGAUUAUUGUUUUCGUUGAUAUUCCAACUCAAGAAGAAUUUGAUUCAUGUGAAACACUUGAAGAAAAAUUUAAACUUUACAAGAUUAAUGAAUUGUUGUAUAGACGUUGGGUAGCUAAUAAAAAUCGUGAUUAA